UGUUGGUGAAGGAAGGGGGUGGGUGGGCGAGAGACCGUUGCCAAGGUAUGAGGCUGGCUGCAGCUUCAGCUUCAGCUUCCGCACCAUAGUUUAUAUCACCCUCUUGACCUCUCUCUCCUCUUUCCACUAAUAAAGCAACCCCCACACUACUCCCUUUCUUUUAUUCGAUCGUUGUCUCUGCUUUUGUCUCUCGUCCUCCUCCUCCUCCUCCACCUGCCGCAUCUGAUUUCUUCACCCGCCUUCCUUCUGCGUUUGCCGUCUUCUUCCUGCUAAUCCCAUGGACGCGAAGAACCUGCUCGAAGCUCCCUCUCCUGCAAUCUCCGUCGCCCGUCCUUCCAGGUCCUCGAGACCCAUCUGCUAUUUCACCACCCGGUCGUGGAAAAAUCCUGGCUUUCCCCCUCUUAGCUCGAGGAGACCCAUCUCGCGGGUCCGUGUCUCUCCCAGCUCUGUCGAAUUCACCCCGAAGAAGAGGAUUGAUACAAGUAAGAGUUUGACAUUGGAGGGGAUAAGGCGCUCUUUGAUUCUGCAGGAGGAUAGCAUAAUUUUUGCCCUUCUAGAGAGAGCCCAGUAUUUUUACAAUGAGGAAACAUAUGACCCGGUUGCUUUUGCAAUGGAUGGUUUCCCUGGUUCUUUGGUUGAGUUUAUGGUCAAAGAAACUGAAAAACUCCAUGCCCAGGUGGGAAGAUACAAGAGCCCCGACGAACACCCUUUCUUCCCAGAAGGCUUACCUGACCCCCUUUUGCCACCUCUGCAUUACCCAAAGGUACUCCACCCCUUUGCCGAUUCGAUCAAUAUAAAUAAGCAAGUUUGGCAUAUGUACUUUAAGGAUCUGCUUCCACGACUAGUGAGGCAAGGCGAUGAUGGUAAUUAUGGGUCAACAGCAGUUUGUGAUACGAUAUGCUUGCAGGCCUUGUCAAAGAGAAUCCACUACGGGAAGUAUGUCGCAGAGGCAAAGUUCCAAGCCUCUCCUGAAGAUUAUGAAGUUGCCAUUAGGGCUCAGGAUAGGGCCAGGUUGAUGGACUUGCUGACAUACACAUCGGUCGAAGAGACGGUGAAGAGAAGAGUGGAGAUGAAAGCCAAGACUUUCGGGCAGGAGGUGAUCCUGAGAGUGUACUCAGAUGGAGUUGGAACCGACCCAAUCUACAAAAUAAACCCCAGCGUGAUUGCUGAUCUGUACGGGGACUGGAUCAUGCCGUUAACUAAGGAAGUCCAAGUCGAGUACUUGUUGCAUCGAUUGGAGUGAAGAUAGGUAACAAACACUGGGGACGCAUCUGGUCGGGUGAAUAUAACUUAGAUUAUAGCUGUUCAUACUGAAUAUGUGAGGAGGCACGUCGGGGUCGUUAUGGACUGUGAAUGCAUCACGAUAUUGAGUAGUCGGAAAUUUUCUUUUCCUUGUUGUGUGGGGUAGGUGGGAAGCUAGUUAGAGAAAUGGAGAGAUGGUUUAUGUUAUUUGAUGCAGAAUCAUGAGAUUCAUUCAUAAGGGUAUUCAGUAUUCUAUUGUUCAAGAAAUCUGGUCUUUCAUGCUAGGCAAGGUUAGGUUGCAGUGCCUUGUGCA